AUGGGCUGCACGGCAUCCAAGCUAGACAACGAGGACACUGUCCGACGGUGCAGGGAGCGGCGCCGCCUCACCAAGGAGGCCGUCCUCGCCCGCCACCACCUCGCCGCCGCCCACUCCGACUACUGCCGCUCCCUCCGCCUCACCGCCUCCGCCCUCGUCUCAUUCGCCGCCGGCGAGCCCCUUCCCAUCUCCGACAACACCCCCGCCGUCCUCCUCCGCACAAACCCCAAACCACCGACCUCCAUCCCACCCCCUUCACCCUCCGUCCACCCUCCUCCCUCCCCCACUUCCACCGACUUCUCCCACCACAUAAAACCGCCGCCGUCGCCGCCGCGGUGGAGAAAGCCCGUUAAACUUCCCCACAUACUAUCAGACUCGAGUUUGUCCUCUUCACCACCGGCCAACCAUGAUUUCACUUACACCGCCAGACCUAAUUCAACCUAUUCGACCACAUUUUCGGAUUCCGAAACCUCCUCUGUGUGGGAUUGGGAUAAUUUCCAACCUCCGCCGUCACCUCCAGGUUCCGACUACUUCCACAAACUCCAAAACAACUACGAACACAACAACAACGAGAGAGCUUCAAAGCGCACGCCGCCGUUCGCCGGAAACCGCGGCCAAGCUCCCGAACACACCAGUCCUUCGAAGCUACUCGACGAUCGGGCAUCCAAUUACUCAUCGUUUUCUCAUUAUUCAGAUAAAAGCAGCAACACGUACUCGAAAAAGCACACGAAACAAAAAUCCGAAAAGUUGGGUCAAAAUCGGCGAAGCUGGGAAGGUGAAGAGGGCGGGACAGAGAGAGAGGAGGUAGAGUGCAGCGAGUGGGGAGAUAAUGAAAAUGACCAUUACAGAAGCACGAGCUGCUCGAGUGACGGUGAAGAUGAAACAGGGGAUUCUGAACCAGUUGAGGAAUUUCGAAAUUUGGCGGAAAAUGGAGCUGCUGCUGCUAGUUCGAAAGCGAAUUCAAAAUUCUCGAGCAAAUCCGAGAAGCUCUCGUCUGAAAAAGAAGAAGAAGAAGAAGUUGGUGAUGGAAAAUCGUCUGGUGAUGGGAAAAUUGCGGUGAAGCACAGAAAUUUGACAGAGAUUGCUGAGGCUAUUGGAGAGUAUUUCGAUGAGGCUGCGUCCGCUGGUGAGAAGGUCUCCGAGAUGCUUGAAGCGGGCCGGGCUCAGCUCGAUCGGAGCUUCAAGCAGUUAAGAAAGACGGUCUAUCAUUCAAGUGGAAUGUUUAGUAACUUGAGCGCUAGCUGGACCUCAAAGCCUCCAUUGGCUGUUAAAUACCAAUUGGAUCCGGGUUCUAUCGAACAAUCUGGCGGGCCCAAGAGCCUUUGUUCGACUUUGGACUGUCUCUUGGCUUGGGAAAAGAAACUAUAUCAAGAAGUGAAGGCUAGAGAAGGAGCUAAAAUCGAGCAUGAGAAAAAGUUGUCUGUUCUUCAGAGUCAAGAUUAUCGUGGGGAAGAUGGUGCCAAGUUUGACAAGACAAAGGCAUCAAUAAAGAGGCUACAAUCCUUAAUUAUGGUCACUUCUCAAGCGGUUUCAACUACCUCAUUCGCUAUCAUCGGCCUACGAGACUCCGACCUCGUCCCUCAGCUUGUCCAGCUUUGUCGUGGUUGCAUGUGCAUGUGGAGAUCAAUGAACAGGUCCCAUGAAAUCCAGCACAACAUAGUCCAGCAAGUCCGUGGCCUCACGAACCGAACGUCAAUAGACGAAUCAACCUCUGAGCCCCAUCGCCAGGCGACCCGUGAGCUCGAGUCGGCCGUUGCCACCUGGCACUCAAGCUUCCUCCGUCUGAUGAGAUCCCAACGCGAAUUCAUACGCUCCCUAAACGCCUGGCUCAAGCUCGUCCUUCUCCCUCUCAACAAUGACGACCCCCAAAAUAACGACACUAAAGAAUAUUCCGGAACUUUUGCAUUUCUUGAAGAGUGGAAACUCGCCCUCGAGCGAAUCCCUGACCCAGUCGCGUCUGAAGCCAUUCAGAGCCUCAACAAUGUAAUCCACUCGAUCUCUUUAAAACAGACGGAGGAGAUCAAAUCAAGAAAACGGGUGGAGAUUGUGAGAAAGGAGCUUGAGAAGAAGGCUUUGGCUAUUUCGGACAUCGAGAAGAAAUACUACAGUUCGUACUCUACAGUCGGGAUAGGGAGUCGGGACAAGGGGCCGGUUCUGGACGUGCAGGACCCGCUGGCAGAGAAAAAGGCUGAGCUGGAGGUCUUUCGGAGGCGGGUGGAGGACGAGACAGUUAGCCACUCGAAAGCAGUGGAGGUGACUCGGGCCAUGACGUUGAGUAAUAUGCAGACGGGUUUGCCUAGCGUGUUUCAAGCCAUGACCGGCUUCUCUGCUUCCAUGGCGGAGGCUCUCGAGGCGGUUUGCAGAAAAUCAUAUUCGAUUUAG